CAUUGGAAGCUGCGGCUUUGUGAUUGUUUGUAGAGCGCAGCGUCCCUAUUCUCCUGUAAGAUGUUUCCUCAAUGUUUAGCUUUCUGACAGUCCUAAAAGAUCAUUUCUUAAAUUGUAUUAUUCUUAAGAAUCCAUUCAUGUCCUGCAAAGCAUCGCCAUGGCAUCAACGAACUGUAACUGCAUCCAAGACGGUACAGAGAAGGAUGAGCUGUUCUCGCCUGUGAGCAGCUACAGGUCCGAUGACUUCAGUGGCAGGAACCCCCGGGUCACCAGUCUGGUAGGCUCAGAGCUCAGGCAACAGCAGCAGGAGGAGGCACUGCGGAGGAAGCUCAAGUACUUCUUCAUGAGCCCCUGUGACAAGUACCACGCCAAGGGCCGCAAGCCCUUUAAACUGGUCCUGCAGCUGCUCAAGAUCCUCAUCGUCACUGUACAGUUAGUCCUGUUUGGCUUGAGUAACCAGAUGGUGGUCACAUUCAAGGAAGAGAACACAGCAUCCUUCAAACACCUUUUCCUUAAAGACUACCGGGAUGGCUCUUCAAUGGCAAUCCACACACAGAGUGAACUCUAUAGCCAUAUUUAUUAUGCUGUAGAUCAGUACCUGGCUCUACCACAGACAUUAGUGGGGCGGUAUGCAUAUGUGUGGGGUGAGGGUGUGAAUGGGAGUGCCCUCUCUCUGUGCCAGCGGUACUACAAGAGGGGCAUCAUCGACCCCAUCAACGACACCUUUGACAUCGACCCCGAAGUUAUCACCGAUUGCAUUGGUGUGGACCCACUACCAGACCCCCCUCCUCCUGAUUACAGUGACUACAAGAACUUCAUUCUCCAGUUUCACAAGCUGAUCAAUGUGACCAUUCAGUUCCAGCUGAAGGCCAUAAACAUCCAGACCAUCAUCAACAAUGAGAUCCCUGACUGCUACACCUUUGCUAUUAUGGUUGUCCUGGAUAACAAGGCUCACAGCGGCAGAGUGAAGAUCAGCCUGCUCAACCAUGCCUCCAUCAAGAAGUGCAAAGACCCCAACGUGUGGGGACAUGCGGAGAACUAUGCACGGGAGGCUUUUGACGUGCUGGUGGCCAUAGUGUGUCUGCUGUCCCUGCUGCUGUGUGGUCGCUCCAUCCUCAGAGGAGUCAUCCUACAACAUGAGUAUGUCCAGUUCUUCAGACACAGACUGAAUCACAGUGUGUGCUGGGCAGACAGGAUGGAGUUCAUUAAUGGCUGGUUCAUCCUGCUCAUCAUCAGUGACCUGCUCACCAUCACCGGCAGUUUCAUCAAGAUUGGCAUAGAGUCCAAGAACAUGUCGUUGUAUGAUGUGUGUGGGAUUUUGCUCGGUACCUCCACUCUGUUGGUGUGGGUGGGAGUCCUCCGCUACCUCAGUUUCUUCCAGAAGUACAAUAUCCUGAUUGUGACGCUGCGGGGUGCCUUCCCUAAUGUAAUCCGCUUCUGCCUCUGUGUAGCUGCCAUAUACCUGGGUUAUUGCUUCUGUGGCUGGAUCGUGCUGGGUCCUUACCAUACCAAGUUCCGCUCUCUGUCCAUGGUGUCAGAGUGCCUGUUUUCUCUGAUCAACGGAGACGAUAUGUUUGUGACGUUUGCGGAGAUGCAGAAGAGUGGAACGCUGGUGUGGGUGUUCAGCCAGGUCUACCUCUACACCUUCAUCUCCCUCUUCAUCUACAUGGUGCUCUCUCUCUUCAUCGCUCUCAUCACCGGAGCCUACGAUGCCAUCAUGGCCCAAACCCAGGAGCCGAUGCACAUCACAGACCUGCAUGCUUUCAUAGCCGAGUGUACUGAUACACCUUGCUCUGGAAUGUUCAGUGGCCCAGAGGCAUCCUCCUGUUCAUUCUUCUGCUGCUGUGACUGAAGAGAGAAUCCACCAGUGGGAGGAUGUCUUCUAGGUGAUCUGACCUUAGACUACACUGUCCUCUGUAGGAUGUGGCAUGUCGGUGCAUUUCAAUUCAGACUGGUACAGUACAACGUACAUGUUACUAACUGCUGUACACUGCUCAUUAAUAUUUAAUAUUCCAGUUCAUUGGGUUUUUAUAGCUAACAAGCUACAUUCAUAUGGCUAGCACAUUCUGAUAGCUAAUUCAUGACUGCAAUAUAGCAAUAUAGCUAGCUGUCCUUUCAGAGAGGAAACUGAUUUUGCACAACAUACUGUAUAUCUGAAUGUUUUACGAAAUAGGAGUUGUAUUUAUGGUGCAGUUUUGAUUUAUAUUGUUGAUAAGCCUUUGUUGAAUUGGGUCUGCAUGACCCUAUGACUGAGGGAUGGCAAUGGUUUAAUUGUGCUUUACUGUGCCUGGGGGCCCUGAAUGUUAUGAUUGAUUGUCCUCUGAAUCAUGUUUAUGACAGAGACACACACUAACAGACAGGCUGAAACGUGCACACCGUUAUGUACUGUAUUUUUAGGGAAGGCUACUCACUCUUUGGUCCUUUGUUCCCUUCUCCUCCUCUGGAUGGGAUGACUACAUGUUCAAGGACAGGACCUGCAGCCAUAGUUAGUCAUCCAUAUGUAUGAAGCCUUUGGUGUAAAGAGACAGGUGAUCCUGACCUGAACACCAAUGCACUGCAAGACAGCUAUAGUGGGUUUUAUAGUGCACCCUACAGUCUCCAUAUUGCUGAGGAAAAUACACCUUUUUUUAAACAAUGUUAAAUGUUUUAACCACCCUUAUUAAUUCUUUUGUUGGAUGUCUUGCAGCUGACUGAAAUACAAGGCCAGUAAGGGAUUAUUUUAUGAGAUAUGUCUGACAUUGUUAUAUUGAAUUCAGUGGUAAUUUAUUGAAUCUCUCUCCGGGAAAAUUAAUUCUGCAAACCAGUAUGUGGUCCAAAUCAUGAUUCACUGAAGGAAAGGGACUGAAUUAUCAUAUUGUAUCUGUUUUUAUUUGAAAAACCUUUUGAAGUGAUAAUGUAAUUUCAUUGUAUGAAAUGUUAUGAAAGCUUAUAGUGAUGUUCAUUAGGUGAAAAAAGGACUAAUUGCACAAGAUUCGUAAGCGAUCAAAAGGAAGGGAAGAGUUGGACAAAUAGAGAAAUCAUUGAUGCCUACCCAGAAUGCACUGUUUCUGGUGGUGUUUUUCCAUUACAUGUUUUCAAAAAGGAUUUAUUCAAGUAUGUGUUGAUGACCAGAAAUGUAAUUUUUUUUCCAUUCUUUGAAUGUUUUUACUUAGUACAUUUAUCUUGCAUUGAGAUUAUCAGAUACGCAUGUACGAUGAGUCGUGAUAACAGAACAUGAAGCGGUGCUAAUGUCUCAUGGCAUGCAGCACAGUGGCGCAGCAGAUUACAUGUAAGGGUUGUAGUACUGUAUUUCUUAACUACAUGUUUUUUAUACUCUGCUAAUGUGAUAAUUUCUGAUGUUUUUCUCAUUGUUUUACUUUUUGUUUUAAAAAUGUUGUGGUUAGUUAGACUGAUACUAAUAAUUUUAGUAUGGCCAAAUUGCUCAACAUCUACAUUUUGAAUGAGCGUCUCACUUGUACAUAUUUUUUUGUUUUUUUUUAAAGCCGUUCUCGUUUCAUGCACUUUUUAUUCAGUACAUUGCAUUCCUCUGUGUCUAAUGCCAGUAAACCACCUCCAAUUAAAACUAUUGAAAA